AUGGACAGGAAUAGGCUCGCUAAACAGAUAUUACAAUGGGAACCACAAGGAGAAGAAACAAGAAUGGGAAGACCACCAACAUCAUGGAGAGAAACAAUUACUAGAGACUUAAAGGAAAUGGGGUUAAUUUACGAUGAAGCUAUACAAUUGGCAAGAAACAAAACCGAAUGGGAUGCAUUUUUAUUGCCCAUUGCACCAAAUGGCGACUGGUCAAAUAGGUAGAUAGAUAGACAAUUUUUCCGAUGGUACCUUUUUGCCACGAUGUUUAUGUUCUAAACUUAACUGUUAGACUUAGUUUCUUUGUGCAAGAGACGCGAAAACCAUUAUGAAACCAGUUUGGAUUGCAAGUGUGAUUAUUCCGUUUUUGAAAGAGUUGUACACGAAGUCUCCAAAGUAAAGAAAAGAAGUCCGUUUUCAUUACAAUAUCUGAGCAACAAAAAGUUAACCCUUUAAGUACCAUGGCUCUGCCGAAAAGAGAAAUGUCGUUAUGGCUAUGUAUUUAAGAUAGUUAUGUUAAGGUACCGCUAGUAAUGGCACAGACAAGUCUAGAUGUUGUCGAUAGGGUUAG